GUCACAGUAAGAGUCUCAGGUUUCUCUGGUGUAAACUGGUGGUGGUGGAAGUCCACAAUCAACUGCCUUGACACAAAGAAGGAUCAUCUAGCCUCUUUGAAGAAGACAACUCCGAAAACCAGAUAUCAAAACUCUUAACUGCACACAGCUACUUCAACCCCAUUUGGAAUGAGAAGCCCCUCUUCAACCUUGACAAGCCCAAGAGUCUAGAAAACUUUGACAUCAAAAAAUCUGUGUCUACAACGAGAAAAGAUCAUUUCCAGGCUGCAGCUUUCUUUAAAAGAUAUACUUGGCUGUUUUUUCAACACUGCUGCAUGAGCUUUAGCUGAUACUUCAACUGCUAAAGCCCCUACGUCUGAGACCUAUUGCUCCUGCAGUAGCUGAAGACAUAUAUUCAAACAGCAAGUUUGACAAAUUUCAGUGAAGAGAAGGAAAAAAAAAGGGCCAGAAGUGCAUUUAAUCAUGCACCCAAUGAAUCAGCAAGGACAUGCUAAUCCCCAAGACGAGUAUAAAUUAAAAGACACCAAGCCCCAGCUCGGGGAGCGCUGGCCACAUGGAGGAGGAAUACGUGGCGUAGGCGGAUGGAUUACCAGCGAAAGAGUUUCAAGCACUUAUGAUCUUGUGGAACAGAUGUAUUAUGUAUAUGUUCGAGUUGUGAAAGCCAAAGAUCUUCCACCACACCAUCUAAGUGGAAGCUGUGACCCAUAUGUAAAAGUGAAACUCGGGAAUUAUAAAGGAGAAACACAGCACUUUGAGAAGAAAACAAACCCCGAGUGGAACCAGGUGUUCGCAUUCUCAAAAGAGAAGAUUCAGUCCUCAGUUGUUGAGGUUUUUGUCAGAGAUAGAGCAGUGGUGACAAGAGAUAACUAUAUAGGGAAGGUGGUCUUCGACAUGAAUGAAGUGCCAACCAGGGUUCCACCAGACAGCCCUUUGGCUCCUCAGUGGUAUAGACUAGAGCACCGCCAGGGGGAUCAGAGUAAGGUGAAAGGAGAGAUUAUGCUUGCAGUAUGGAUAGGAACGCAAGCUGAUGAAGCUUUUCCAGAAUCAUGGCACUCGGAUGCAACUUCAGUCGAAGGAGAAGGUGUGUUCAGUGUCAGAUCAAAAGUUUAUGUUUCACCAAAACUGUGGUAUCUCAGAGUUAAUGUGAUUGAAGCUCAGGAUGUCGAAUCACAUGACAAAAGCCAACCCCCACAGGUUUUCAUAAAGGCUCAAGUUGGAAACCAGAUACUUAAGACCAAGACGUGUCCAACUCGAACCACUAACCCAUUCUGGAAUGAAGAUCUAAUAUUUGUAGCAGCUGAACCUUUUGAGGAACAAUUGGUGCUUCUAGUUGAAAAUAAAUUGAGCGCUUCUAAAGAUGAAAUUGUUGGGAGAGCAACUUUGCCACUGCACCUCUUUGAGAGACGACUGGAUCACCGGCCAGUUCAUUCUCGCUGGUUCAAUCUUGAAAAAUUUGGGUUUGGUGCUCUGGAGGCAGAUAAGAGGAAGGAACAUAAAUUUUCGACCAGGAUUCAUCUUAGAGUGUGUCUUGAGGGUGCUUACCAUGUACUGGAUGAAUCAACCAUGUACAUAAGUGACCAACGGCCCACAGCUCGGCAGUUAUGGAAGCAGCCAAUUGGAAUCCUUGAAGUGGGUAUCCUAAGUGCACAAGGGCUUCUCCCAAUGAAGACAAAGGAUGGCCGAGGAAACACAUGUGCUUAUUGUGUGGCUAAGUAUGGACAGAAGUGGGUAAGAACCAGAACCAUAGUUGAAAGCUUCAGUCCAAAAUGGAACGAGCAAUACACUUGGGAAGUUUAUGACCCUUGUACAGUGAUCACAUUGGGAGUUUUUGACAACUGCCACUUGGGAUGGAAGGACAAAGCAGCCGCUGGCGGUGGAGCUGGAAGGGACUCAAUAAUCGGAAAGGUAAGAAUCCGGCUAUCAAGUCUGGAGACUGAUCGAAUUUAUACACACUCUUACCCACUUCUUGUUCUGCAACCAUCUGGACUGAAGAAGAUGGGUGAGCUUCAACUAGCCUUUAGAUUUACUUGCUUGUCUAUGGCGCACAUGAUAUAUCUCUAUGGCUACCCCUUACUGCCGAAAAUGCAUUAUCUGCAUCCUUUUACUGUAAACCAAUUAGAUAGUUUAAGGUAUCAGGCAAUGAACAUUGUAGCAGUGAGGCUAGGCCGAGCUGAGCCACCACUAAGGAAAGAGGUGGUGGAGUAUAUGUUGGAUGUGGAUUCCCAUAUGUGGAGCAUGAGAAGAAGCAAAGCUAACUUUUUUAGAAUUGUUUCACUCUUUUCUGGCCUAAUCUCUAUGAGCAGGUGGCUUGGUGAAGUUUGUCACUGGAAAAACCCAAUGACUUCAAUUCUAUUUCAUGUCCUUUUCGUCAUAUUGAUCUGCUAUCCCGAACUGAUACUCCCAACCAUCUUCCUCUACAUGUUUCUUAUUGGGAUAUGGAACUAUCGGUUCCGGCCAAGGCAUCCUCCUCACAUGGAUCCGAAACUUUCAUGGGCAGAAGCAGUUCACUCAGAUGAACUAGAUGAAGAGUUUGACACAUUCCCUACAUCUAAACCACAAAAUGUAGUGCAAAUGAGAUAUGACAGACUUCGAAGUGUGGCAGGAAGAAUUCAAACCGUGGUUGGAGACAUGGCAACACAGGGGGAAAGAUUUCAGGCUCUGCUUAGCUGGAGAGACCCCAGAGCAACCAGCCUCUUCAUAGUUUUCUGCCUUGUUAUGGCAGUGGUGCUUUAUGUGACACCCUUUAGAAUGGUGGCUAUGGUUGCAGGCUUAUAUUUACUUAGGCAUCCAAAGUUCAGAAGCAAGAUGCCUUCAGUUCCAAGCAAUUUCUUCAGGAGAUUGCCGGCUCGAGCUGAUAGCAUGCUCUGAAUGGAGGAUACUUAACAAGUGUGUUCUGAACAUUAUGAUAUCAAUUCUAUUUCUGUAUCUUUAAACCUUUAGUUCUAAAAAAUUGACACGGCUUUUCUGUUCUUCUA